AUGAAUUAUUUUCUUUUGGUGCAUACAGCUUACCUGAUAUUUACUUUGAUAGGUUUUGGUUUUGGAGAAGAGCUUCGUCUCUCAAAGUUUAAUGAGUUUGGAACUAGUACUACUACUACUAAUAAUAAUAAUAAUAAUAGUAGUACCAGUAUACAUUCUUCAAACAAUUUAGCCAAUACUACUACUUCUACUGGUACUAGUACAUUCAUGAUCACGAAUACCAUGAUUACUAGUAGAAUUAAUGAAAGUAAUAUUGGACAACAAUUGACGACUCCAGGGCCAAAAUUCGUUCAGAAUCCAUCAAAUCAAGGUUCAAUAGACAAUGAAGAGUCUUCAGUAAAACAAUUAGGAUUGGAAGAUCUCUCAGAAUUUAUUAAGAUUGACUCAGUUGUAUUAUUUUAUGUACCAUGGUGUGUAUAUUGUCGUGGAAUUAUGCCCGAAUUUGAAAAGGUUGCAGUUAUGCUUAAAGGAAAAAAGAUAAGCUUUGGAAAAAUUGAUUGUAAUGAGCAUCGUAAAGCAGUAUUAUUAGAACAAAUAAUAAGAUUCCCAACAGUGAAAAUAUACUCAGAAGGCCAAAGUCGAUAUUAUUCUGGACUUCCAAAUUCUGUUUCUAUGAUCAACUUUAUAAAUGGGGAAUUUAACCGAGAUAUUUUAAUUUCUGAUUUGAAGGUUUUUAGUGUCUUUUUAAAUGUAGACAAUGAUUCUAUUAAGGUAAUAGCAAUAAUUGACCAUGAAGAACGUGAGGGGGAAAGUGGUAUAACAUCUUUAGUUUCUUCUUCUUAUACAAAACUCAGCCGUAAGUAUCAUAAUAUUUUCUUUGCACAUACUUUAAGUAAUAACACUGAAGUUCUGAAAUAUAUUGAAGAUUAUUCAUCAAAAGAUAAAAAUUCGAAGAGUAUAACUCCUAAUAAAAUAAAGGAAAAUACUCUAGCAAUUUUCACGCCUUGGAAUGAUGAUACAAAUGAACAUUAUGAUUAUGAUAAAAAUAAUCUGAAAAAUAAGCAUGGAUUAAUUCUGAUUGAUAAAGUUGACUUUAAAGACUUUGAUUAUUUAGAAAAACAAAUUUUAAAAUACCAAUAUCCUUUGGUGAUUGAGUUUAAUCCUCUAAUUGCCCAAAAGUUAUUUUUAGGUGAAAAAACACUUUCCUUUCUCUUUAUUAAAGAUGAUGUGCCAAACUUUAAAGUAAUAAUGGAAAGAUAUAAAAAAAUUGCGAGCCAAUUUAGAGGAGAGAUUUUAUUUAUAAAUUCAGGAACUACUCUUGCUCAUGAAAGAAGAAUUGCCCAAGUAUUAAUACAAGAAGACUGCUUACUUCCUUGCAUUUCCAUAAUAAGGUUUCCAAAGAAUGAUGAAGGGAAAGUGAUUACACCCAGCUUACCGAAUAUGCCUCCAAUUAAACGUCCUCAAGCUCCACUAGUUUAUAGGUCUGAAUUUUCUGGUCCAGAGUUACUCAAAGACUCAAAUCUUGAACAUUUUAUUCAAGACUUUGCAUCUGGAAGACUGAAUCCUUAUUUUAAAAGCGAAGAGCCGCCAUCUGAAGAAGAUAAUGAUGGACCUGUUCGUAUAGUAGUUUCAAAAACGUUCAAAAAAGAAGUUAUUGAAUCAAAUUUGGAUGUAUUAAUAGUUUUUUAUGCUCCAUGGUGUGGACAUUGUAGGAAAUUAGAACCUGAUUAUAAUAUACUUGCUCAAAGACUUCGUGGUAUUAAUGAUAAACUGAGGAUUGCAAAGAUUGAUGGAUCUCAAAAUGAAGUUGAAAAUAUUCAAAUUUUAGGAUAUCCCUCUAUUUUAUUGUUUAAGUUAGGAAAGAAGACUGAACCAAUUUUGUAUAGUGGCGACAGAUCCGUUGCAAAUAUGAUAGAAUGGAUCUCUAAAAAUACUAGUUUCAAGUUUGACUAUCUUCAGUAUUUAAAUCCUGAGUUAGCUUUUGAAGAUGAUGAUCUUGAUAUGGCAUUUUCUCACGAAUUAUAA